AUGUCCCAUAUCAUACCGACUUAUGCAGUUUGUACCAGCUGCAGCGUCGAGCCAAGUCCUCUUGGAGGGUACGGUCUCUUUUACACACCAACAAACGCGCCGCCGUCGUCAGACUUAGAGUUGCUUCGAAUUCCAUCGCAAUCCGUCCUCAACCUCGGAAACUUGCUCAAGGCUUUAAAUGAGCUCAAGAGUCGAGAUAGGCAUUUUCCUCAGAUUGAUGUGCAUGAGUCCAAGACCAUCAUCGGCAUAUUGCAGGCGUUAUCGCCAAUAAGCGAGACCACCGUCAUAUUCGCGUACAUUUUGGCAUUCAAGGUCUUGAUCUUGGCAGGAGACAAGUCGCAGUAUUUCCAAAGUUCGCCCUUGAGGAAAUUCGACGACUAUAUUGAAGUGCUCCUGACGACUCAGGUUUUGGACCCCGCGGUGAGUCCCGAGUUUACCCAGUCGAUUCGAGAGGAGUACGAGCAUUUCACUAGCGAGUGGGACUCGCUGGAAAAGCACUUGUUGACGUUUGAGAUCUUCUACCAGCUCUUGCAAGCUGUGAGGUCGAGGGUGCUUGAAAUCCCACGCGGAAUCGACGGCUCUUCGGAAGAUUUCACCACCGACGUGUCGCUUGUACCGGUGUUGGAUUUCGCUAACCACAGAAGUUCGGGAAGCCACAAUGCCGUGUUUGACGUGGAUAGGCAAACCAACGACGUUGUUUUGAGGUUGUUGCAAGUGGAUGAGCUGCUGAAGUUUGAAGUUACUAUAUGCUACGAUGUCGAGGAUAAAACGGAUGAUUUCUUCUUUACGUAUGGAUUCAACCCGCAAUAA